GCUGGAAUUGCGCAGGAGCGAAGGCGCACCGGUCGAUUUCACAUCAAGUGUGGUUAAAGCAAAAGGGGUGAACGUCACACACUCGUGUGAGUGCCCUCUGAAGCUUCCCACAGUGCUUUUAUGAACGACACAUCGCGGCACCGAGACGCGCAGACAGACACCGCGUCGUAGCUCGAGGAGUACGCAGCGGACCCGCGCGCACCGGUUCCACGAGUUCAACUUGCCAGCGCUUCUUAUUCAUUUUUUUUUAAACCUGCAUGUCAACUUUAAAAACAUCUCCUGCAUAGAAUUUUUCUCCCCCUCCUCCCCCUCUCUCGCUUUGCGGAGAAGACAAUCUUUGGAUCGCACAAAUUAACGGAUGUUCUUGGAUAACCGCUGCUCGUUUUACGCGGAGAGCUGCUCCACGGUCUUGCACGGUGCACGUCGGUCCAGGAAUGGCGCGAUAAAGUGAUCAGAGGAAUCAGUCCAAGUACACUCACGUCUGGUGUUGCCGUCUCGUCAUGUAUUCUCCAAUUUGUCUCACUCAGGAUGAAUUUCAUCCCUUCAUCGAGGCACUCCUCCCUCACGUCCGCGCCAUCGCUUACACGUGGUUCAACCUCCAGGCCAGAAAACGCAAGUACUUCAAGAAGCACGAGAAGAGGAUGUCCAAGGACGAGGAGCGUGCGGUGAAGGACGAGCUCCUGAGCGAGAAGCCCGAGGUUAAGCAGAAAUGGGCGUCCAGGCUGCUGGCCAAGCUGCGCAAGGACAUUCGGCAGGAGUACCGGGAGGACUUUGUCCUCAGCGUGACGGGCAAGAAGCACCCGUGCUGCGUGCUGUCCAACCCGGACCAGAAGGGCAAGAUCCGCCGGAUCGACUGUCUGAGGCAGGCCGACAAGGUUUGGCGCCUGGACCUGGUGAUGGUCAUCCUCUUCAAAGGCAUCCCUCUGGAAAGUACAGACGGCGAGCGCCUCGUCAAGUCUCAACAUUGCACCAACCCAGCACUUUGUGUCCAGCCACACCACAUAACGGUAUCGGUCAAGGAGCUGGACUUGUUUCUAGCGUACUAUGUCCAGGACCAAGACUCGCAGCAGUCAGGAAGUCCCAGUAACAAUGAGCCAGGCAAGAGCCCUCUUCCAGUUUACUUGGAAGACAGCUUCAUCAAAUCAGGAGUCUUCAGUGUUACAGAACUGGUGCGAGUGUCCAGAAUGCCCAUCACCCACGGUGCCGCGGUAAACUUCUCAAUGGCCGACAUGCCCAGCCAGCCCUACUAUCAUGAUCUGAACUCCAGCGUGGGGCUGCACCGCUCCCUGUCCUCCCCUCCCGGCAGCAAAAGGCCCAAAACCGUCAACAUGGAGGAGAACAUGGACACCAGCCCGACAGGACCCGACUUCUACUCGUCACCCAGCUCGCCAGCCAGCAGUCGGGCCAACUGGCACGACAGAGAAGGAGCAGAUAUGUCCUCUCCUACCAUGAAGAAGCCCGAUAAGCCGCUGUUCAGCCCGACCUCCCCGCAGGACUCCUCAUCACGACUCAGCACUUUCUCUCAGCCUCAUCACCCAAGCCUAACAGGUGUGGGACACAGUGUUAUAUCGACGAGGAGCCCCCCUCCGCACUCGCCCCUGCAGUUCUCGGCCUCGGCGAUCUUGCCCCCGGCGCCGUCGCCCUACUUCUCGCACACCACCAUCCGCUACCCGCCCCACCUCAACCCAGCUGACACCCUCAAGAGCUACGUGCCGUCAUACGACCCGUCCAGCCCACAGAGCAGCCAGCCUAACAGCAGUGGUCAGGUGGUCGGAAAGGUCCCGGGCCACUUCGCCCCGGUCCUGGCUCCCUCCCCGCACCACGGCGCCGUGCGACCCGUCUCGCUCUCCAUGUCGGACACCAAGCCCAUCACCACAUCCACAGAAGUUAUGGCACGUUACCCAGGCUACUCAGCCCCCGGCACCCCAACAGCUAACCGUUUUGUAGGCCUGAGCCCAAGAGACCCAGCCUUCCUUCACCAGCAACAGCUGAGGAAGUGUGACUGGAGCGUGACUCAAAACGGCAGGCAUUAUGGCCCCAGUGCCACUGACGACACUUUGGGGAUUACUUGGCAAAGUCCUGGUACCUGGGCGAGCUUAGUUCCAUUCCAAGUGUCGAACGGGACGCCGAUUCUGCCAACAAAUGUCCACCAGAACUACAGCAUAAACAUCAUUGGUGAGCCGCUGGUCCCCGCCGAGACGGGGAACUGAGUACACGGAGGCCGGAUACCUCCCCCCAACCCCCCCACCCCCAUACCCUCAUCCCACCCUCCCAGGACGAACGCGUUGGCGGGGGUGCUGGCGGUGCACGGUCAGCACUAAAGGUGUCCGCAGCCAUGGAUGAAACCAGCAAGCAGCACGAGCUGCACAAAUCCCCCCCCCCCUCCCAGUCCCGUCCCUUCCGUGACCCCUUCUCUGCCUCCCCCCCCCCCCCCCCCCCCCCCCCAUCCCACCCGCCCCGCCCCUCCACAUUAAGGACACUGGCCGCGAAGUGAAGAAGAGGGUUGGUUCGGAGGAAAAGGGAUAGAAAGCUGAAGCUUCAGGUCUGCUGCCCGGCCCACUCACCCACCCACCAGUCAGUUGUUGUGUUUGCAGAACUUUUCAAUCCAUUCAAAUACUGUGAUGUAUAGAUGCCUUAAUGUUUUAUUGCAUGACACUCUAGUCUCUUAGCGGCAAUUCCGACUAUUUUUCCAUGUUGAGGGGAAGUUGUACAAUCUUGAUUCUCACACACACACACACACACACACACACACACACACACACACACACACACACAGGUGAAGAGGUUUGCGUAUCGACACCUUCUGCCUGGUGGAUGGCUCCGAAACUCUCAAGUUCUCCGAACAGACCUCUUGAAAAGAGGCUUUCCCUGAUGAAACGAUUCACUGUGUGCACCAUAGGAACAAAACAAACAAAAAAAAUGAAUUCAGAGUGUUUCUUUUGAUUUCAGUUUACUGUGAUACGACUCUUUGUUCAGAAAAUGUGUUGACUUGUGUUUAUUCUUAACUACUACUUACUUCAAGAAUUAACGUAAAUACUUACGGAGAAAGAGUUGAGAACUCUUGAUGCGGUUUUCAAAAAACACUAAACGUCUGGCUUGAGAUUGGACCCCUCAUUAAAGAAUUUGCAACUCCUUUACAAAAGGACUUAAAAAGACGGAGAACACGAAAAUGUCGAUAGAGGCGAGUGCAAUUUGUUUUUUGAAGGGAAGCUAUCAGUCUGUCAGCCCUAGGACUCUAAAGGAUGGGGGAUUAAUAUUAAAUGGUUGUAUGGGUAAAAUGUUAAAGAAAACAUUUGAAUUUGAUUUCAGUCACAUAUCCUUCUCACAUGAGAAAGACUUCAAGAGUGGAAGUCAUUUGAAGGCAAGCACUAAGCUACCUGUACAGCGUCGGGCAAAACCAGCACUUCUUUUGAGCCCUCCCCAUCAUUACGGGGAGUUUUAUUUUAAUUUAUUUUGGGGGAAAAAAUAACCGAACAUAGGUAAAGAAAUGUGACACACAUGGUGUAUAAAUAUGGCAUUUCACGUUUAUUUUUAAAAAACAAAUGUUCAAGAUAAGAUCAAGAGCAUAUGCAUUUGGCCGUCAGCUUUUAAAGCUUGUGUUUACAAAAAAAAGUAAUGCAAAAUGUUUAUUAAUGGAAAUGUACAAUUCAUCAAAUGUACAGUAGGCUUUACGUGUAAAGCUGCAGUGGAAGAGGUUGAAAACUGAAAUGAUGAAUCCAGGUGGUGGCAAAUCCCUGAAAUUUAGAAUUGUGCACGGCAUGUUCACAGCCAUUGCCUCUCCAGUCCAGACAUAUUUAUACCAGGAAAAUCUCUCCAAUACUCUUAAUUUGCACGAUGACAUAUAGUCCACAUUACGUGCCUUGCCUUUGAAUAUAGAGACAUCACUACACUUGUUUUUGCUGCAUUUAUCAUUAUAGAAAAAAAAAUUAACAUUUUUAUGAUAAGAAUCGUUUUGUACUCUGAAUGAUAUUGUUGAUUUUUAACUUUAUGUACUACUCUAUCUCACAGUUACGUUGCAUAUCAAGGCUGUGUAUAGUUGCCGUUCUAAAGUUUGUAAUCAACCAGCGUUUUGUUUUUUUCUUUCAGUAUUUUGGUGGUUUCUUCUAAUAACCUUUCAUCUUUUGUUUUCCUUAUUUUUCAAUGCUCAUUUUGUUCAUCUUCCAAUUACUAUUGUGGAGGGUGGAAUUCAGAAUUAUGAAAAUUAUGCAAUACCAAGUUUUGCCUAUGUAGGUAGUGCUUAUAGAUGCGUCAAUUAUUAGAGGCUAGUUUGGAGAUAGAUAAUAUUGUAAUGCUUUUUGUUUGUUGAUAUCGUUGUUUGUCGUUGUCGUUGUUGUUGAUGAUGUUGUUGUUGUUGUGGGUGUUUUUAUUUUUUUAUCGACCAAUGUGGUGACUGCUUUCUAUGCAGUUCAUCACGUGGUCUUUUUUUUUUUUUUUUCUUCUCCUUCUUUAUUUAGCUAAUAGUCCUACCGAAUAACGGUUAGACGUGUUCCAGUGUAUUUUCAAUUCGGGAACUUUAGUAAGAGGGGCGGUAUUUUUUCUAAAAGUACUUAAAAAGAAACGCACCCUUGGUCUUUCUACGGCUGCAAAGUCACUGAUUGGUCUACUGUGACUGUCAACUUUCAACUUUCCACCCGGGGUGCUAGCAUGUGACCUCGAAGGAGCUCAUAUAUUUCACGUGGGGGGGAGACGGCUUGACUUGAGUAUGACAAUCAUUUUAAGAAAUCAUUUUGCGUAGAAUCCAAUUCUCUCAUAGAUCCCUUAAAGCCGGCGACAGUUCCUGUUGCACGCUUGUAUCGACUACUACCCCGUUGCUCUACUAGACGUCACCGAAUGCAAUUCCCAAGUAGAUGCCUUAAACACAUCAGUGAAGUGGCCUGUGACCCGCGCAACAAUCACACACCGACUAAUGCUAGUGAGACCUGUCUAAAUCAGUGCCAGACAGGCUCAAGCAAGCCUUUAGAAAGUAUUUUAUAAGUAGUAGAUUUGUAUAAAUGUAUAUACGAUGUGCACAUAUGUCAAUUCCUGAGAUACUUCCCCAGCAGAGAGCCCCAGUAGAGCACGUUGGAGUAAAUAUGGGAGUCACAGAAGCGUGGCGUUUCCUGACUUUCCUUGUCCAGUGGCCCGGUAGAAGCUUAGCUAGGAUCCACUAUAAUGAGAAAAAUAUAGCACUUAACUAGCACAUAGGCAAUCGUCUUCUUCCCCCCGUGCAGUGUGUUGAAUCUAGUCUUAAACUCCAUCUCUCAGGCGUUUUACAGGGCAUUAUUUAUAUGAUUAUUAUCUUACCGGAAAAAAAUCAAACACGACUUUUCUCACAGUGAGAGCAGCGCCUCGGAUGCUGCUGACACCUUUUGCACUCUUUCCCUACAAUCGUGGAAGAAAUGCUCCCCCUCGGAGAGACGGUAGUGCUGGGGACUCUCCGGCUUUUGUCAGCAGGGGGCUAAGAAGCAGAAAACAUUUUUUAAAAUAAUCCUCAAGUCAAGCUCGAUUUCUCCGUCGUCACCCAGAUAUCUUAUGCAGAAUUUUUCAAACGGAAAAAAAAGUCACCCCGUUUUAUGUGCACUGUCUUGUUUUGUUGUUUUAAUCUUUUAUUUAGUUAUUUUAAAAGAAAAUCUACAAGUGCUUUGCAGCCUUUGGCCAUUGCGUGUGUGUGUGUGUGUGUGUGUGUGUGUGAUAAAAAUGUGUCAGGGUCACUGUGCUGUUGGUGUUUAUUUGAAUAGGAGACUGUACAUAAAGGUAAAUGUCCUGAUCGCGUCGAUAGCAGUAGUCUGUGGGCUUCAACUGCAUUGGCAGCUUGAGCGUAUGCGUGCAUGCGCGCACCCGUGUGUGUGUGUGUGUGUGUAUGUGACUUUUUUUGAGCUGGAUGUGUGAUCGAGUGCCUCUGACACAACACAAUGAGAGAAGAAGGGGGUCUUUCUAUUGAAAAAAAAAAGCCUGCCGUGGGACAGGAGUUUGUACACUGUAAACUUUUUUUGAGACUUCUCCUCUUAAGCCCUUAUUUGUAAAUCUUCAAUUCUGGGGGAAAAUAAGUCAAUUCCAUUUUAGGAAAGAAAAAGAAGCUAAUUUUAAGUUGGGUUUUUGUUUUGGAGGCUGGAUUUGAGUUAGAACUCUCCAGGCUUUCCCAAUUAGUAGAGUCUAAAGUGUUUUCAUCGCUUGUAUUAUUGUAUGUAAAGUAAAACGGGGGACAUAUUCUAUACAGACAUUAAUAUUAAAAAAACAACAAUGAAGGCUUUUUUUAAUUAUAAGUAUUAUUAUUUCUUAUCUUGCUUAGUGCUUAGAUUUUUCCAUUUGGGAAACACGUCAUGAAUAUUUGAAUUGUUGUUCUUUCCUUAGCGUGGCCAUAGCAAGUGUGAUGUGGUUUAUCUCAUUUUUUGGGGGGGUGUGAAUUCUUGUCCAACGAGAUCUCGGUGUGAGUGUGCUUCUUGUAGCAGCUGGGGGCGACCUCACUUAAGCCGUAGAAAAGGCCCCAGAUUGCACCUGGCCGAAAGCGCGAAGCAGGGUAAAAAUCUGUGGUGACAAACUUCCUCCAUGAAUCUAUGAGCUGGUUUCUCUUUUUUCUUUCUUUCACGGAGGAGACGUUGCAAGGCGACAUAGAGAAGAUUCGGACGGACAAUUUCUAGCCGUCUUACGCAGACGACUCUCUCUUAAAUAUAUAUCUCUUUAAAAAUCAGUAGAAACAUCUAGGCAUCGCUCAUUUUGCACAUUCCACAUGCUGUCGAUGCCUGAUGUCAUUUGGUAAAACACUUUAUUCUCACUACAAAUAUUACUUAAACUGCAGGUGCUUCAGAAUAGGGUACUGUACCUUCCAGCUGAUAUUAGCUGGUGUAGUUGUGCAUGGUUCCGUUUCGCCACAGUACGCAGGGAGUGAUUGUCGUCGGUCAGACAGCUCUUGUAACUAUACAAAAGUUUGUGUUCCACCCGCCAGAAGGAGCUGUACUUACGGCAGAUUUGAAACUCACAGUAACCUUAUUUUAGAAAGUAUUAUGUCAUUGAUCACUACGAUCACCGAGAAUCAGGACAACUGCGAGGACGACCUUUUGGCACUCACGCAAUAUGUGCGAUUUUACUUUUGUCGGAAUGUCUCACGCACUCUGUGCGAAUACAUGCACACUUAGAAGCAAAAGAUUAGAACUUAAUUUUCAUCCCACGUGAGCAAUACACACCUUCCAUACGUUGGCUGGCUGCUAGUCACUUGGCAUCAGGUUGUUAUCAAACAUAAAAACCAGCAUUUUUACAGGAUGUAAUAUUCACCAAAAGAAGACAAACAGAUAGCAAUGCAGUGCCUGGUCAAGUGUCUAUUGUAUAUAAUUGUAAAAUGUGAUAGACUUACUUUCAUAUGUGACACGCAAAAACACUUUCUCGCAGAAGAGAGUGUGGCAGACUCGUCUAGAAAAAUGCUUAAUAUUACUUCUUUGAUGGUCUUUAUUUUUUUUUUGCAAUUUAUUAAUUAUAUCCGCACACAAUGCCCACAUCAAGCUUGUUCAAACAUUGAGAGGAAAUGUUAAUUCUUCUAUUUCUUUUCUUUCUCUUUUUUUGUUUUAGGGAGGGGGUGGGGAAGAGUGUGGGGGGGGGGGGGCAGUGCUACAUUUAGAGGAGCGAAAGGAUGAACUAACAUCUUUUCUUAAGAUUACUCGCCAGUUUUCUGUGCAAAAAUGGCUUACUUUUGGGUCUUGGGGCACUUUUACGUCCCUCUGCGCCCACAUUUUGACUUCAUGAUUCAAUGGGGAAUUAUAUAUAGCUGACAACAACAACAACACCAACAAAACGAUAUGUAAACAGUCUCCAGUAGUGAUCGUAGUUACACUGCAAGUGUUUGCAAAGGUCUAUGUAUGUAUCUGAAUGUACGUUUUAGAGGACUUUUUUGGAAACCUUUUUUGUUUUUUAUCUUUUCAUUGACAGUUUAGGAGCCACAGGUGUCCAUUGUGAACUGUAUAGCGAAGGCCUUGAUAUCCCUUUUUUUAAUUAAUUUUAGAAAUGCCGAGCAUUAGGCGAUGCCUUCAAGCUGGUUACAUUUGGUGCAGGGGCUAAAAUUGCCACAAGAUUAAAAUCAGUGUAAAUAUAGGCUCAACUUUUUUGUGAUUGUUACUGUUAUAUCCAGCCUAUACUGCUAGCAGCUGUUUUUACUGCAGUCAAUUACUGGAAGUGGAUAUAUUUCCUAUGCAAAACUGUUUAAACAAUAAAAUGAGCUAUGCUACAAAAAAGA